AACAGUUGGAGCCUUACCACCUCUGGUUUCUAACCACAGCUUGGACGUUGGGGUUUUGCCACUGCCAGAGCGCCUCUCGAACUUUCUCCUCCUGGAUCUUGGCCGAUCACCCCCUCAGCAGGGUCUGCGCAUCGCCGCUGGGAUGAAGCUGGUUCCCGUCGCCCUCCUGUACUUAAGCUCGCUCGCCUUCCUAGGCGCAGACACCGCACGGCUCGACGUGGCGUCAGAGUUCCGAAAGAAAUGGAAUAAAUGGGCGCUAAGUCGCGGGAAGAGGGAACUUCGGGAGUCCAGCAGCUACCCCACGGGGGUCGCUGACAUGAAGGCCGGGCCUGCCCAGACAAUCAUUCAGCCGCAGGACGUGAAGGGGCCCUCUCGCAGCACCCAGGCCAGUCCGGACCCCGCCCGCAUCCGAGUCAAGCGCUACCGCCAGAGUAUGAACAGAUUCCAAGGGUUGCGGAGCUCAGGCUGUCGCUUUGGGACGUGCACUGUGCAGAAACUGGCGCAUCAGAUCUACCAGUUCACAGACAAGGAGAAGGACGAUGUUGCCCCCAGGAAUAAGAUCAGCCCUCAAGGCUACGGCCGCCGGCGCCGGCGCUCCCUGCCCGAGGCCGGCCGGGGCCGGACUCUGUUGUCCCCAGAGCCAGAGGCACGCCUGGCUCCAGCCUCCCGCUCAAAUCAAGUUCUCGCCACCCUCUUUAGGAUUUAGGCCCCAUGUGGCAGCAGCUAUCAGUCGCGUAUGCAGCUGGAUGGCGCCUCCCGAGGCGGAGGGCUUUCCCGAGCCGAGCCUCUCAGCCGUUGGAGACCGGGCUGAGUCAGCCUUGCAUAGACCGGGAGUCCGGGAGGCACCUUCCGGCGCGAGCCCUGGCUUUUGCAGGGGUCCCUCUUCCUCA